GGAAGCUCAAGCUCAAGUACAGCAUCGGCGUCCACGUCUCCAAGCAUAGACCUGAUUCUCUUCGACACCCUGGAGCUUGAUAUCGAGGCUAUAUGGCAAGCUGGACCAUUCUUUGGACAGGACCUUGGCUUCAAUUUAUACCUCCUAGGUCCGACGUGUGACUACCAGCGACUGCAAAUCUCUUGGGAGGAUGUCUAUCGACGCGGAAAAGUCGCCAAUAAGGUCUACUAUGGGCGCGCAGACGGCAUGCCAUAUAGGAAAGUGAUAGUCCAACCAACCCUCCAGUCACGGCGGGAUGGUACAUGCUUGGCGCGUGCUUUGGCCGCAUUACUGUGGCUGCAUACGAAAGAUUGGGAUGCUGAGCUCAAGCCUGGAGUUUUAGACAGGGACUGGAAGUUCGAAGCACCGGAUUUGAGGGAGUCAUCUAAGUCAAAGACGUGUGGAAGUGGAACAGGUGGUGGCAACAUUGGAAGCCCGAAUCAUCGAUGUAGCGUUUUGGCAGACGACGAGCCGAACUACCGAUUGCGAACCCUAUUUUCGACUGGCGAAAGGAACGCUUUUGGUAGGCGGUUUUAUACUUGUAUGGAAAUGGAAGAGAAAUGAACAGCUAAUCUUUCGAUCUACUAAACCCUGAUAGCAGGAUUCACAACCUAGCCUAACCUUGUGUAUUCAAACUCGAUAACUGACACGAACACGAACACGAUCCGCUCUGAGUAUGAAAAUGAAUUUUGUCCUUUGCCUUCAUAUUUGUGGUGCAGUCUAUCGAUGCUGGACCUGCAGUGGACCCGACAGCAGCUUCACCUGACGCAGCUUUAACGGAACACCUCCGACGGGAACAAGAAGAUGACCAAGUGUCCGAUGCGAGAAUUGUUGAGAACGAGCAGCUCAGACGAAAACGGGCACAGCAACUGAUACGCAUACGCCAGUUGCAGUCUCAGGGGGCCCAGCAGUUUCAACUUGAGGCAACGACGACUGAACACGGAACAUCCUUUCGCCCGGCACCUUUUUGCUCCAAAGGUGUCGAAGCAUGGAGAGACAUCGCAGAUCCGCAAGAGAGGUGGGAUUUCCUCGAAAGUACGUGUUUCUGGUUCGCAAAUUACGAUUAUCAGGUUAUCAAGAAAAGCGGAUAUCCCGCAGGGGAGGUGUUGAAACAAGUUGUUGCUGAUAGUUCUUCUGGAACAAAUGGCAGUGCUCCUGAAGGUAUCAUGGCUAGUACGGCGACUCCUGCCAGACAAAUCUUCACUCAACAGGAGCAUUUCUCCUCAACUGAAAGGAUACGAAAGUUUCGUCGACGUGCGACUGGGCAUAUCACCCACGAAGCGGACCCAACCUUUUUUGAGCCUUUGGAAUCUUGCUUGCGGUUUCUGAGAGUUUCGAAGCAGGUUAAUAGUGGAUCUACUGCGGCGUCGACCACUCUGCUGAAAGCGGUGUCUAGUGCUAGUCGACGAAAUGAUCUCGAAGAGGAACAAGACAAUGACGAAGAGGAACCAAGCAAAAAAACGAAAAGCGAAAAGCAGGCUGACAGAACCGGCGCUCCUGGGUCUAGUUCCGCUCCAGCAUCUUCAAGGACAUUUUUAGCUACUUCAGCAUCAGCUUCGUCAACAGUCCAGUUCCGAGUGUGUCC